CACAAAGACAUUGAAACACUAAAACUCCACGUUUUAAGGCUCAAGGCACUGUUAUUAUUAUUAAGAGCUAUUUCUGGAGCAGAUGCGCUUUUGGAGCUUUUUUGCAAGCAUGAAGAUACUCGCCACUCGUGCUUGCGAAACGUCCGAAGGAAAUGGUUCUUUCCGACGGCCUACAAGCCCUAAAACCGAGUCAGUUCCAUGCAAUGCAUUUCAGAAUUUAAUAAUGUGCUGCUUUAAGUGCUUUUCUGUGGAAAUACCGUAAUGUUUGCUUUGUCAAGAGCCAUAUGCAGAACAUCUGCGAACAGCUAUGGAGCAUUCCGAAGUGUCUCCAUUACGAAAAAUCCCAUAUUGUCAGGUGACCUUUUCAAGCCUCUAGACAACCAUGAAGAGGACAGUUUGCUCAACAGCAUCAGAACAGCAAACUCUCCAUUGGCAGUGUUUGAAAUCGUCCACAAGCACCAUAGACGAAUGAAUGAAAGGCAUUCGAUUCAGGCCAUAAAUGCGAUAUUUCAAUUCCAAAGAGAUGGAAAUUCAAGUUUAUCGCCUUCCCGACUUGCAAACCAUCCAGAUUUCGCAAAAAUAUGCGAAAAAAUAAAGAAACACGCCGGUGUGAUCGAUGUAAACGACGCCAUCGAUACGUUAAAAGUCGUCUCUUAUGUGGGAAUUCCAGCCAAGAGUCUGAUAGUUCAAGUGAUGUUGCAAGUAAUCCGAAACAACGUCAAUUCGCUGAAUAUUCCACACAUCUUGUUCCUGGAUUUUCUGUUGAGAAACUUUGAAACAACGCCGCUUGUCGAGGCUCUGAAGAUAGCGUUACCGUUGGUGUUCGAAAUCCAUGUGCCCACCAAACUAAAUACCAGCAACCCAGUUCAGAUGGUCGAUUGUUUGAAUUAUGCAGUGAAUAAUCAUUUAUCUCAGGAAACUAUUACAGUCCUGAUAGAAAACCUGGAAUCCUAUCCGGGUGAAUUUGAUGGAGAAACUGCCCGAAGGAUCAUCUGUUACCUUUGCCAGCUGCCUCGAAAUUCCAUUUAUCAGAAACUGCUGGAAAAAGCCAGCACCGAUUUGGUUGUGAACAUCGAUAACGUACCCAUAGUGGAGAUGGAGUUUUGCCUUAACCGGCUUGCUCAUAGAUCGACGAAUCGAUAUGGGUUUUACUAUCAGGAGGUGCUGUUUGAUACAUGCGCCAACUACAUCAUUGAUCAUAACAUUGAUUACAAAAGAGCUAUCCGGGUUUUAAGGAAUAUGGCUAGAGUGCACCAUUGUCACAAAUCGUUACUAGAUUAUGUAUCCACACACAUAUUCAAGAACCCAUCAGCGCCAAAAGAUCCUGUUGAUAUAUACAGUAUUGCAGUAAACCUUGUCCUAACGGAUUACAAGCCCGUCCAUUGGGAGCAUUUGAAAGAGUGGAUGAAAAGCGCACCGAAAUUAGCGGAAGAAAAUCGAAAAGAGAUCAUCUGGAUUCGGUUUGCGGCCGCUCUUUGCCAUUUGGACAUUUACAGAAUCGACGUGUUAUCAAGAGCGUUAAAUGAAGGCUAUGUGUCCCACUUGAUAGAGAAAAAUUUUUAUUCGAACUAUGAGCAGUAUUUUACGAUUUGGCAAUGCUUGACCACCUACAAGCCUGAUCUGGCGCAACUUUUGCCGGCUAACUUGGACCCCAAAGAUUUGAUCCGCCAGUACCCAAAGCCAGAACGUUUCGUCUUUGAGGGCGCUUUAGAGAAAGCUUUGGGCGGCAAGCAGUUUGUUUUGACCGAUUUGCUUUGGAAAUUAGGCGCCCGAAUAGAUCAUGCGAUCAUUUUCGAGAACAAUUCCCCAGUGCCGUUUCAAUCAAGUGUGGAAUAUGUGGAUGAUAUCAAGGUGGAAGAUAACCAGCAAUUGGUACUAAUACAAGGACGUGUUGACCAUGAUUAUACGAAAAACACCAGUAACCUGCGAGGUUUACCAGCCAGAACUGCCGCCAUCAUGGAAGACACUCUUAAGUGCAGUGUGAUUCCUAUAAACGUGGAUAGUUGGGAGCAGAUGAACGACUUUGAAAAAAUACCCUACUUGAUGCAACAGAUCAAAGAAAAACUGCAUUUAGAUAUCGAUGUGGCCGAAAGUGCACUGUAAUGCAGUAGGUGAUGCGAUUUUUAAGUCUAAGUUAAUUGUUUUAGUGGUUUUCCUUUUGAGAUAAAAUUUCGAAUGAAUUCGGCUUGUUGGAAUA